AUAUGGCUGCAACACAUCCUAGAGUUAAACAGAAUAUUGCCAAUAUCAAGAUGGACUAGAAGCAUAUUUUAGAAUAGAUAUCUUUGUAACAAAAAUGACCCAGCAGUGCUGUAGAAGCAAAACAAAUUAAGCUGCUUAAUGCUAAGGAUGUGGUGAACAUCCUGUUGUGGCUGCAGGCAAAAUGAUUUCUGUUCAUUUGAUUUUUCUGUGCUCAGAUUUUCAGCUUAGCUUAUCUUGACAGUUCUGGUAAUAGAUCUAAAUUAGAUGAAAUAUGCCAUUUGACAACUUUUUUUUUUUUUUAAAUGAUUGUGAUGUUUUCUUUCCUACUUCUAUUGUAAAUACUACAUAGCAUUGUAAAACACCUGCUGCAGUAGCGGAAGCAUUCAAUCAUAACACCAGUAACAGAAGGAGAGAGAGGAAUUGCGGUAGCAUGAAAGGGAAUUCUUCCUAAUGGGCAACUAUUGAGCACAUUGGGACUCCUGAGAAAGAUUUUGAAAGCUCGAGCCACGUUGGACUGGAAUCAUGUUAAACAAGCCAGUGCUGGCAGAAUCCCUGAUCGUGUUCAUCAUCGUUCUCUUUGUGCACGCAGUGGUGUGGGACCGGUAUUCCUGGUGCGCUGUCGCUCUCGCCAUCCAGGCUUUUUAUGUCCAAUUCAAAUGGGACCGUCUGCUCCAGCUGGGUGGGGCUGUAUUCCAGUUCCGUACAGCAGCGAACAGUGGCCUCCUGCCAGCUAGCAUGGUCAUCCCCUUGUUGGGAAUAGCGAUGAAGGAGAGGUGCAAGUCUGCUGGCAUUGUGUACUUUGAACGUUUUGGCAUAGUUGUAGCUUCCACUGGCAUGCUGGUUGCUCUCUUUCUGUCUGUAAUAGCGGUUGGCAUCACAAAACCUGUGCCAACCAACACUUGCAUACUUACUGGUGUUGCUGGCAGUAUAAUUAUCUAUACCAUGAAGCACUCUUUGACUGUUUCAGAAGUGAUAGAGGUCCUAGAAGUGCUGCUAAUUUUUGUCUACCUCAGUAUGAUCUUGCUGUACUUGUUGCCUCGAUGUUUUACUCCUGGAGAAGCAUUGCUAGUUCUCGGAGGUAUAAGUUUUGUUCUCAAUCAGCUCAUUAAACGCUCACUGAAUGUAAUCGAGGGCAGAGGUGAUCCCAUAGAUUUUUUCCUUCUGGUAGCAGUUGUUGGAGUUGUUCUUCUUGGGCUUUUUUUCACUGUGCUCUUCGUUUUCAUGGAUUCGGGUACGUGGAUCUCCUCCAUGUUUUUCCACAUGAUGACAGCAGUGCUAGGCUUAGGGGUCAUCAUGCCUUGGCUGUACCGACUGAUCCAGAGGAACCCUUUGUUCUGGCUACUCCAGUUUCUGUUUCAGACACAGACAAGAGUUUACCUUCUUGUAUAUUGGACGCUUUUGGCUGCUUCAGCGUGUGGCGUAGUUUUCUACCAGAAUGCUAAGAGAUCAUCUGAAUCUAAAAAACACCAGGCCUCGACUAUAACCAGGAAAUAUUUCCAUUUCAUUGUUGUAGCUACUUACGUUCCUGGACUAAUUUAUGACCGCCAGCUUCUCUACGUUGCUGCAGUACUGUGUCUGGCAGUGUUCAUCUUCUUAGAGUAUAUUCGGUACUUCAGGAUCAAGCCAUUUGGCCAAACCCUUAGGCAUUUGCUGUCUCUCUUCUUGGAUGAAAGAGACAGCGGACCUCUCAUCUUGACUCAUAUUUAUCUCCUCCUUGGCAUGUCCCUCCCAGUAUGGUUGUUCCCCAGAUCUUGUGCUCCUAAAGGUACCUUGUCUGGGGCAGGAGCACUGGUCCCCUACUCUGGGGUACUGGCCGUAGGGGUAGGAGACACUAUUGCCUCCAUUUUUGGUAGUACAAUGGGGGAAAUCAAAUGGCCAGGAACAAAGAAGACCUUUGAAGGGACAAUGACAGCUAUUUUUGCUCAGAUCAUUGCUGUGGCUCUUAUUCUGAUCUUUGACAGCAGUGUGAAUCUGAACUCCAGCUAUGCCUGGAUUCUGGCAUCUGUGAGUUUAGUUUCUCUUUUGGAAGCUUACACUACCCAAAUUGAUAAUCUGCUGUUGCCUCUCUACCUCCAGAUAAUGUUUAUGGCUUAGCACUUCCAGGAACAGAGGUUUCUCCCUUUCUAGAGAAAAGUGGUAAUAGAAUAUGCACUGUAAUGAGAGAUCAAAGCUGAUCUAAACACUGCUUUUGGUGCAGCAGACAAAAUUGUUAAAAACAGAAAUGAAAAAGACCUAUUUAAAAUAAAGGGUUUGUUUUGG